AUGGGCAAUGUCGGAAGCCGCCUGGAUGACUCCGGGAGCCUGUAUUUCAAAGACCAGGCCAAAUUCACGAUUGCUGCUGUAACGAUAACCAAUUCUAGGCGCCGAGUGCUCCUACAUCUCGUUCCCAACUCCUUUCCUGCUACCAGAUACACCGCUAGGCGCGAAAUUGGCGAUGAGAGCCCGAUCGAAUACAUACAGGACCCUGAUCUUUCGCCAUCUGCACCCGUGCCCACAUUUCUCUUGCGCUUGACCAACGAAGACGAGCUGAAUUUCAAUUUUACCUUUAUCCUGAGACAAACCCAGACGGGAAACGCCGCCAAUGCCACUGUCAAUGGGGUCUCUACCUCUCUGCCUGAAGUAGCCGACACCGUUCUAACGGGCCUCACUUUCGCGCAUGCGCCCAACACUAGAGACCUGGACAAUCUUAUCACUCGCGAGUUUCACGCCAAUCCGAACCUCCAGAACAAUUCUAAUGUGCAGCUGGUUGGGGAUUAUUCGACUUCGGGCAAUCCUUCGGUGCAAUUUGAAUGGUCGUGGAAAUGGAAACCGCCCAAGGUCAUAGAGGAUAAAGGGGGUGGUUGGAGAAACAGCUGCAGUUUCCUUGACUACGACCAGAGAGCCAAUCGGUUGAAUACCCUUGCUCAUUUCUCGUUUUGGGUGCACAGCACUCAGCGUGCUCUCCCCAGUCCUCAGGUCUUGUCACCAAGCCUAGAAAUCCCUGUCCCUUUUCGGAAUCGUAUUCCUUCAUCACAAUCCAUCGUCUCGCACUCCAGUGAUGCAGAUACAGCAUCUAACCCUCAUGCUGUGCCCGUCACACCUCCAGAAGCUGGCGACACGGCCUUCGUGCCCCCCCCUGGGUAUGCACCCCCCCUUCCUGUCAAGGUCGAUCUUCCUCAUUCGCGCCCUGGAGAGGACAUGAGUGUGGUCGAGGAUGGCCCGUUAUUUCGUGCGACGAUGAAAGCAUUGGAGCAAAAGACAGGGAAUAUGCGAGCGAAGAUUAAGAAAGUCCUCAAAAAGGCUGAGGCCGCCCAGCAAGCACAAGUGGCCUGCAACGAUGCUGUAGAAGCAUUUCUUUCCGCAUUGAACGAAGCUUCUACAUCCAAUGCCAAUGCGAUCCAGCCUGCACUUGACCAUUAUUUCGAAAAGACAGCACGCCAGAUACUGAAUUAUGAGCGACUAAAUACGACACAACUUCAAAAACUCGUUAUUGAGCCAUUGGUCAAACUCUACAAUAACGAUAUUAAACAAGCCGAGGCCAAGAAAAAAGAGUUUGAAGAGGAGAGUAGGGAUUAUUAUGCCUAUGUCAGUCGCUAUCUUGGCCAGCGACAGGAUUCUUUGAAGGAAAAAAAACGAGCGGAGAGUGACUCGAAGUAUCAGGCUAAGCGGCGCAAUUUCGAAUUAAAGCGUUUUGAUUACUCCUCGUUCAUGCAGGACCUGCACGGGGGUCGCAAGGAGCAGGAGGUUCUCUCUCACCUGACUAAGUAUGCUGAUACCCAGGCGAAGAGUUUCCUUGCGGCCGCCAAAAAGGUUGACGAUAUGGUUCCUCAGUUGGAUGCUUUGAUACAUGAGGUUGGGCAGGCGGACAAGGAAUUCCAGUUCCAACGAACGGAGAGGGAAGAAAAGCGGAGAGCACUGGAAAAGAGCAGCAACACCUUUCUCGAACCCGACUCUCUAAUCUCAACGAGCGCCCCGUCUACAUUUUCAGGGAGUACCAAUGGAACUCAGAAAUUGGAAAGUGAUCUAGGCCGUGCAGAUAGCACCGGUUCCCAAUUACGAAGUGUGGCUAGCAACAACUCAUCAAUUCUACCGCAAGCAAACUCGUCCAGUACUCCGGCGGCCGCGUUAUUUGACUCGCGCCCCACUCUCAACCGUACUGAUAAAAAUGCAGGCCAACAGAGGAAGGAAGGUCUUCUGUGGGCGCUGUCUCGCCCAGGCUCUCAUAUUGAUCCCAAAGGCAUCAACAAACAAGCCUGGCACAAAUUCUGGAUUGUCUUAGAUCAGGGAAAACUUUCCGAAUACAGCAAUUGGAAACAGAAGCUUGAUCUUCACAUGGAUCCCAUCGAUCUGAGAAUGGCAUCCGUCCGAGAAGCCCGAAACGCCGAGCGGCGAUUUUGCUUCGAAGUCAUUACUCCACAGUACAAACGCAUUUACCAGGCAACCUCCGAGGAGGAUAUGUCCAACUGGAUAAGAGCAAUCAACAAUGCUCUGCAGAGUGCUGUAGAGGGUCGCGGCAUGUCACCACCACCAAUCGCCACGGACAAUGAUGGUGCCUCUUUCAGUCGUGAUAUCGGAUCUGUGCUGACCGGAAAGACCACCUCAUAUUCUGUUCAACACUCCCAAUCAACUGGCUCUAAUAACAAUGUCACUCGUCGCACCACUGUAGGUGCAAGACCAAGCUACGUUCGCGAUAAUCAUGGCUUUGAGGAGAAUCCUUCCAAGUUACUCCAAACAGUCCGCGAUGCGGAUCAAGGCAACAAUUGGUGUGCUGAUUGCGGCUCUACGUCUAAGGUUGAAUGGGUGUCUAUCAAUCUGGGGAUCGUCUUGUGCAUCGAAUGCAGUGGCAUUCAUCGAUCACUUGGGACACAUAUCUCCAAGAUACGAUCUUUGACACUGGAUGUGCACUCUUUCUCAAACGACAUCGUUGAGAUCCUCCUGCAGGUCGGCAACCGUGUCAGCAACAUGAUUUGGGAGGCAACACUUGACCAGUUACACAAGCCAAUCGCCACUUCCACAAGGGAGCAAAGGUUGAAGUUCAUCACGGCCAAGUAUAGUGAACGAGCAUUUGUCCAGGCGCUACCCUCCCCCUUAUCCCGCUUUGCUACAGCGGACGAGACUCUUCUUGCUGCAAUCAAAAGAAAUGACAUCCAAGGCGUACUUUAUGGAAUCGCGCUUCGCGCCAAUGUCAACAUCACCGACCGUUCUCGCAAUACUCAUGCCGUGUUUCUCGCCCUAGCCGCAGCUGAUCCUGCAUCACCGGGGUCGACCUCUAGUCUGUCAACCAGGUCACCUGCAGGUCCUCCUGUAAAAGCGAUUCCUUUCCCGAUUGCAGAGAUCCUCGUUCAGAACGGGGCCGAGAUUCCUCUGCAGCCUCCGCCUAUUCCCCUUUCGCCAGCUGCCCAACUAUAUUUAAGUCAGAGGACCGCAAGAGUGCCCACUUGUAUCAGUACUCCUUCCGCUCCUCCGACUGGGAAGAGUACAGCUGAAAUCUCAGGUUCACCACCAACGAUGCGAGGCCCGGGCACCGAUAACAGCGUGGUAUCGCCCACACAGGCUCCGAGCUCACUCGACAGUAGGGAGCGUGAGAAGUUGCACAAAAGAGGUAGUGCUGGUGCUAGGUUUGCUGGAAAAGUUGCCUCACUUGGUAUAGACCGAUAA